CUUAUUAAAUAGAUACACUGAUUUGUUGAUCCAAUAAUAUGUUCAGAAACCAGUAUGACAAUGAUAUUACAGUAUGGAGCCCACAGGGCCGAAUCCAUCAAAUCGAAUAUGCCAUGGAAGCAGUGAAACUAGGAUCUGUCACUUUGGCGUUAAAGAAUACUGAAUAUGCUGUUGUCGCUUCAAUGAAGCGUUCCAGCAGUAAGCUGGUGAAAAGUCAGCACAAAAUCAUGGAAAUCGACGAUCAUGUUGCCUGUUCCAUGUCUGGUUUGCUGGCCGAUGGACAACAAUUGGCUAAGUUCAUGAGAACUGAGUGCCUGGACAGUAAAUGGAGCUUUGAUUCAGCUCUUUCUAUUGAAAGGCUUACUAGGACGGUAGCCAACAAGUCACAAAGAUAUACCCAGACUUACGGACGACGACCAUAUGGAGUUGGACUGCUUGUUAUUGGAUAUGAUGACUUAGGAUCUCACGUUUUUCAAACUUGUCCAUCCGCUAACUUCUACGAAUGUGAAGCUACUGCGAUAGGGUCACGGUCUCAAUCUGCAAGGACAUAUCUGGAAAGAAAUCUCGACGUUUUUAAAACAUGCAGUCUAGAAGAAUUAAUCACUCAUGCUAUGCACGCCUUGUCCAAUUCGCUUGCAAACGACCAAGAAAUGACGAAAGAAAACGUAGAACUGGGCUUCCUGGGAAAAGAUUUGAGCUUCAGGAAAUUGACAGAAGUAGAAAUCGAAAACUAUCUACAGAACGUGGAGACAAAGAAGCCUUCAAGAAAUAUCCAGGACGAUGCUGAUCAAGGGGCUGCUGAUGCUGCUCCUGCUACCGGACAAGAAGGAACUGAAGGAGGAGACGAUGCUCCAAUGCAAUAAUCGAAAGAAUCACCCAAAUGACACUCCUGGCCUGAAUCGAUACCCCUUUAUGAUUGAAUUGUUUGAAUUCAACAGUAAUGUUGGUUGAUUAAUGAGUUUAAUUUUUAGUCCUGAUAUUAUUUGAUGGGAGCUAAAUAUACUGUUUACGAGGAAA